AUCUUUCAAUAGGUUAUAUUCUUUAGACUAAAUUAUCGUCUCCUCUGACAAUUGUUUGUGGGUGAUUGAUUUUAUUACUUUAGCCAAAGGCAAUUGAUGAUUUGCAGCCAAACUGUAUUGGUACGUUUCCUUUCAUUAAGCGCUUAAUUGAGCUUGGCGUGGUUCGUUGUGGAUGUCGCCAAGGACAAUUGUAUCAGAGUUGGUUAAGUUGGUCAUUAAUCAGGGGGUCGACUUGGACGGACGGUACUAUCGAUCCUGGUACAGCACGGGACUGGACCGAUAUUCACUUAAAUUAUAAUAAACGUCCCAUGGGUAAAUUGUGUUUGCCACGUCGUCAACUACAGUUAUUAUCUUAUCAGCACUUAAAAAGAGAAGUCUGUUGUAUAUCUUGCAGUGUGCAUACAAGGGCGGAAACGUUACUGUUCCUGUUCUAGGUCUCAAGUUGAAGUUAUUCAAUUUAAUGCAUAGCCUAGCACUUGUUGUUGCAUCGAUUUCUUAACUUUUUUUUCCCCCCUCCUCGCGCUUCGACUGUCCUAUAAAGGAUCGAGCUGACGAAUCGAACGGCGUUGGGUGUGCCGUAUAGACGACGGAAACGAUGGACAAGUCCCGCCCACUCUCAUAAAAGUUGGUUGGCAAAUAAUGCGGGACAUUGAAGCCUUUUUAAUGUGUCAUCUUUUUCAUUUUCUCCUUUGAUCGCUCGGUUGCUUUUAUCGCUCUUGCACGGGGCUUUUAUCGCGGUCGACUUGUGCCCCGAAUGGCGGCCGGUAUCGGACGUUACGUUAUAUUAGAAGUCAACACAACAACACUUAUAUGCGGCGUAUGUGUCACAACGAGAGUGCCUUUUUGCUACAUGGCCCACCGCCAACACGUUUCAUUUCCGUUCAGUCUGUCAAUAACGAUCAGUCAAACAAAUAAGACACAACUUUCAUUUAGGUUGUACCCGGGAUCGGCGAGGGUGCCAACGACUUGACGUUUGUAAUUGAUUGCCUAGCUCGUAUGGAAAAUAUACGUAGUAUAACAUUUUAUAGGGACUUUUUUAAUCCAUCGGUGAUGGCGGUCGGCCCAAACUUGAAAGCAUUUAAAACUGACUGGGGGUCGAAAUUUGAUAAACCGUGAAAUGGAAACGGGUGCCGUCGACUGGCCAUCGUCAAAUUGUUUAGUUAAUUUAGAUUUGUUGGUGUAUAGAGACAGUUGCUUCAAAGCCGGUUUCUUGUUAUGGCGUAGUCCACGAGUUGCUGCUCCUGCUGCCUCGAUAGAUAAAUGUAUACACGUGAAAGAGAGUCUGAGCGUCUAGGUCGUGUAUAGACCAACAGUUGGCUUGUCUCACGGACUAUUUUCAGGUUUAGCAAGGAUGCCCGAUACACGUGUUUUUCAUUCCCGAAAGAAAUAAACAAAAUGACGAAGAGCAAAGCCGAAAUAUUUGGAGAACUCUAGAUAGAUAGAUAGAUAUACACCGUGACCAACUGCUCAUCUAUAUUUGCGCCAGAGAUUGGCAAUCUAUCGCGUUUGAGUCUGCGAAUAAUGCCUAUUGGUUUGCCCCUUUUAUAUUAUUAUAUAAUGUAGUGACAUUGUGACAAAUGAAAACCUGAUCGAAUCCGAUCUUCGUACCGUACAAGAAACGGCAGUCCAUCUGGCCCGCGGAGUUAAACAGCAAUCAAUACUAUACAAGCGGAUGAGAUGGAUGGACUAAUCAUUGGGAGCGUUCGGCCAUUUUACUGUCACACCCAAUAAUCAAAUGACACUGAAGAAAUAAAACCGAUCGUCGCGCUAUGGUGGACAUGAGUGUUAAGGUGAGUUGAGAAAACAAUCAAAAGAAAUAAAAAGGGAAACGGUGGAUAAGUAAUGUCCGAGCAAGUAGAAAAAAGGGGACAAGGAGAAUGGCAACUGAUAAUAAAGGGCCGUUGGUCCCUAAUGUUUCGUCAGUCGAAAGUCGAACUGCGAGUGGGGCGGUUUACUAUACACGCGCGAGCUGCUGCUGCUGCACGUUAAAAGGGAAAUCAGAAGAAAAAAAAUUGUUUUUUACUAUAGGCCCUCUCGCGAUACGCAGUCGUAUCACGGCGGUGGUGUUGCAAUCUGCAUCCACAAGUUAUCCGACCGCGUGACAACCCCAAAAACUCUAUCGUAAGUCGUUACAUAGUACGCUAGUUUCGUUUUUGUUGCCCAAUCAACGCCCCGUCGCGUCUCUCCCGGCUCGCCAACAUUUUCAAAGCUCAUCUGAAAAACGCGUUCAUAGUGCGGUUUGCCUUCAAGGCAAAAGUAAAGGUUACUACCUUAUCGUCGUCGUAUGCCGUUAGCCUUGGCGCACCAUCGAAGAGAAAAUCAACUAGACGAGUUAAGAAGAAGAAAAGAAAGUCUCAACACAGGCCCAGAGGCGAUCCGCCACUCGAUUCCUCCGGGCUCUUCUUCUUACAGUUCAGUUCCGCGUGGGAACCCAAACUGGGAACGUCGUCUCAGUCGUGCAUCAAUUUUUCAAAAGAGUUGAAACUCUUGUGUUAGUAUCUUGUUUAAACUUGCGACAUUAUGAUGAUGGCGAUCAAAUGGUUGGUUGCCAUCGUUACGUUACUCUGUGUGGCCCAUUUCAACGACGGGCAAAAUCUACUUUCCAAACCGGAUCCGCAAUUGGACUGGCAGAUUCCUCUGACCAAAUGCUGCGCCAGUGAGAACGAGUUCUACUCGCUGGGAUUCGACACCUGCACCCUGAAUGGAGAAAUGAAUUUCAACUGGCCGCCACCGGUGUACUCGGCUAGGACCAACGAAUCUGUCGUCGCCGGUUCGGCCCGAUUCUCGUUGACUUUUAAUCUGUCGACUUGCACGUCCGGUUACGCCAGCCAGAGCACCAGAGACUUCCGCUUGUACACGGACGGAUCGGCCGUGAUCUCAUCAUCGGGGGAGCGGCUUCCAGCCAAUUCAUUCUGCCUCAACCAAAUUUCUUCGGGAGAAGUUGAUGCGGCCGAAUUCGCCGUUCGCCACUGCGCCAGCGAUCCUUGCAAUCAAACCAACUGCAUCCGCAAGUGCUGCCCGUUGGGGAUGGCGCUCAACACUACGACGCAAUUGUGUCAAACGUACAACGAGCCGUUCGCCCUGGAAUUCCGCAACGUGACGGGUCACGUCGUCACGCCCAACCCGUCGUCGUACCUCAUCCGCCAAGGAGACGUUCCGAAAUGUCAACACGGCAUGUUUCCCCUCUCGCCCAAUACCAAUCCCGAAGAUGAAUUUUACGUUCUGCCCGACGGCCAGAUUUACCUUCCCUAUUAUCCUGAAAACGACAGGUACACCCGGGAUUAUUGCAUUGACGACUUUUCCAGCGAAGAAGGCAUUUACCGACAAGCACUUUUGUGUUUUCCUCCGCAACCGGAAGAGUCGGCAGAUAACCAACUGGUGUUGAAGGUGUUCCCUUAUUUCCUCUUUCUCUCGUCACUUUUUCUGACUGCCACGUUCGUCGUGUACGCCAUGAUUCCCGAGAUAAGAAACAUUCACGGUGUGACAAUUAUGUGUCACGUUGCAUCGCUAGCCGUCAUGUACAUUGGUUUAUGCGUUAUCCAAUUGGGUCCCCAGUUGCCGGACGGUGUCUGCGUCGGAUUAGCCGUGAUUGUUCAUUUUACAUUUCUUUCAACAUUCACCUGGCUGAACGUCAUGAGUUUCGACAUUUGGUGGACUUUCAGUCCGUUGAACUCUUCGACCAACGCCAAAGCGGUGGCCGUGGCUUUCUGGAUGCAAACGCUCGCCAAUCAAACGACGAGCUCCGCUUCAUCGUCCCCCAUCACCGAUGAUGAUGAUUGCGCAAAGGAAAAUUCAGAUGAAGACUCGGGUCCGAAUAAAAGCUUAAUUUCGAGCUGUGACUUGCGGCCACGUAAUUCCAGACACGGGCGCCAGCAUUUGGGUCGCCGCAUCAUCUUUUACUCGAUUUACGCUUGGGGUGUUCCCUUUAUUAUCGUCCUCGUCGGCCAAGUUCUCGAUCAUUUGAAAAACCUCCCGCAACACAUCGUCACCCCUGGAUUUGGCGAAGUCAAGUGUUGGUUUUUCGAGAAAGAAGCUUUCUUGGUCUACCUGUAUGGCCCCAUUGCCGUUUUGAUUCUGAGCAAUAUCGUCUUCUUUGUCAUGACGGCCGUUCUCCUCUACCGGGCCAGCGUCGACGCCGCUUUCGCUGUCAACAGUGCACACGCCAAGCAAAAGUUCCGUGUGAUUUUCAGUCUCUUCAUCCUGAUGGGCGUGUCGUGGAUGAUGGAAGUGAUCUCAUUCGCCGUCGGAGGCUCGGCUUACAUUUGGAUCCCGACCGACAUCCUCAACAUUCUGACGGGCGUCUUCAUCUUCGUCAUUUUCGUUUGCAAGCCGAACGUGUGGAAGUUGCUGAAACUCAAGUGCCCGUGUCUGAAGCGGCUGGACGGCUGCUGCCCGUCGUACAUGACCCGCUCCAACACCCGACAGGGCACCACCACCCGCAGCACCAUCAAAGAAGUGUCGCACACGAAAUCGUUGAAUAAUCUGGGCGGCGGUGGCGGUGGCGGUGGCCAUCAGCUGGACGCAGAUUCCAAGAAGAAAAUCCGAAUGGAUGCCCCGACUCAGUCGACGCAGUUACGUGACUCGACUCAAGUCGAUUCCGGCGAUGAGAUGAUGAUCGACCACGAAUCCAUCAGAAUGGCCUGAAAAUAGGAACGCUAUAGAGGAAUUCAGGCUUCAAUUCAAUUCACGCUAAUUGCUGUUAAUUGUAGCCUGGGAUGAGAGACAUGAGAUGGACAGACUCACAUUCGAUCAAAGUGCAAAGCAUUUUGAUCCGCACUUUCCUGUUGCCAAAAACAAAACAAAAAAACAAAAGACAAAUAUCAAUGUCGUCUAUAAUUUAAUAAGUCACGCAUCAAUGUCUUAAGUGUAUCCAGACCACAUUCACACCCUAUACGUAUAUUUUGAUCAUGUUAAGCCGAUAGCUGUACAUAUUAUUUGUUUGCUGGAUUUGUGUCAGAAUGUUUCGUUGUUUCGCUUUCGCCCUGCUGAUUGUUUUCCCUCAGUUUUCCCAUCAUCAGUCAAAAUGAAAAAUUCAUCGCAUGCCAUUUGUUCUCCGUGCGCGUUGUUUCAGUGUUCCACAUUACCAUUUGAAUAGAAUACACACACACACACACACAC